AUGUCUAGGUGUCUACCAUUCCCUCCUCCAAAUUAUAUGAAGAAUGGCAUAGGGGGUGAAGCACUACUACAACAAUUGGAGCUCCGAAGACUGAAGUACUCUAAGGAAAAAAAGGAAGGAAAAAAAGAUAGGAAAAGAAGUCGUGGUGACAAAAAGAGUGAAGAAGAUGAUAAUAAGUCAAAAAGAAGUCACGGCGAUAAGAAGAGUGAAGAAGAUGAUAAGAAGUCAAAAAGAAGUCAUGGCGAUAAGAAGAGUGAAGAAGAUGAUAAGAAGUCAAAAAGAAGCCAUGACGAUAAGAAGAAUGAAGAAGAUGAUAAGAAGUCGAAAAGAAGUCAAGACUAUAAGAAGAGUGAAGAAGAUGAUAAGAAGUCAAAAAGAAGCCAUGACGAUAAGAAGAGUGAAGAAGAUGAUAAGAAGUCGAAAAGAAGUCAUGGCGAUAAGAAGAGUGAAGAAGAUGAUAAGAAGUCAAAAAGAAGCCACGUCGAUAAGAAGAGUGAAGAAGAUGAUAAGAAGUCAAAAAGAAGCCAUGGCGAUAAGAAGAGUGAAGAAGAUGAUAAGAAGUCGAAAAGAAGCCAAGACUAUAAGAAGAGUGAAGAAGAUGAUAAGAAGUCAAAAAGAAGCCAUGGCGAUAAGAAGACUGAAGAAGAUGAUAAGAAGUCGAAAAGAAGCCAAGACUAUAAGAAGAGUGAAGAAGAUGAUAAAAAGUCAAAAAGAAGCCAUGGCGAUAAGAAGAGUGAAGAAGAUGGUAAGAAGUCGAAAAGAAGCCAAGACUAUAAGAAGAGUGAAGAAGAUGAUAAGAAGUCAAAAAGAAGCCAUGGCCAUAAGAAGAGUGAAGAAGAUGAUAAGAAGUCAAAAAGAAUCUGUGUCGAUAAGAAGAGUGAAGAAGAUGAUAAGAAGUCAAAAAGAAUCUGUGUCGAUAAGAAGAGUGAAGAAGAUGAUAAGAAGUCAAAAAGAAUAUGUGUCGAUAAGAAGAGUGAAAAAGAUGAUAAGAAGUCGAAAAGAAGUCAUGAAAAGAAAAGAAGAAAUGAAGAUAAGAAGAGUGAAGAUGAUGAUAAGAAAUCGAAAAGAAUCAAUGAUGAUAAAGAGAGUGAAGAAGAUGAUAAUUUGAAGAGUAGUCCUAAGAAGAAAAAGGAACAAAAAUAUGAUGUUAAAAAAAUGGAGACACAUUUAGAGUAUACAAAGUUGACUAUGAAUUGGGUUCCUCUUCAAAUGAAAAUGGUUCCAACUGAUUUACAAGAUGAGGAUUGGCUUUCUAAGAAGAAUCAAUUCAAUGGUGAUAGUGAAAGUAAAAUCGUUGACCGAGCCGAACAUUUUGGAAGCAGUAGCAGCACUAACAAUGGCAGCUACCAAGGAAUCCAACCUCUUGCGAGUUAUUUGCCUCAUGCUGAUGUAUAUGCUUUGCCCUACGCCUUACCAUUUUGA